AAAAUUUUAUCCUUUGAAGGGAAGUGGAGAUCUCAAUCUAUCUAGGGUUCUAGCUUUCCUAUUGCGAGAGUCUUCUGACGGAAUUUCUGUGUUUUCAAGUGAGAUUUCGUUCAGAAAAGCUUCCGAGGACGAGCAUGGCGAUCAACACCGCUGUUUGACCAGAAAUUAGGAUCGGGUUUGGUGGAGCGUUUGCAAAUGCUUUGGCAUUGGAGUUUCUUCCACAAUGCCACGAGCUUCCACGAGUACCAGCUCGGGAUAUCUAACCGCCCUUACCCAAGAAAUUGAGAAAAAGCUCCAACGGGCAUUAGCCUAUCGAUCCCAGAGACUUAAUUUGUUGCAAGAGCUGUUCGCUGAUAUAGCCUUAGAAGUUGAUGGCCGUGCACGAGGCAUCAUUCUUCUGAGGGAUGAAGAUGGAGUUUCUCCUGAAGAGGAUGGAAUCCAGAGUCAUCUAUGUUUUUAUGAUGUGCUUGCUGAUCAUUAUGUUAGAGUUCCUGACCGUGGAAAACCCAUCCUUGAUUUAAUGGUCCAACUCUGGAGCCAGUCUUUUGCAUCUAAUAUUUUUGCACUCCUUUUCCACAAAUGGUUAUUUGAAGUCGAACUUGAAAAUUCAGAAGUCCUUUUCCGUUACUCAUCUGCCCUUGUCCAUGGUGCUACAAAUGUUUUCUGGAUUGACAUCCAAACAAACACACAACGUUUCUUCUCUUUGUUCCAUUAUCUUCUUGAGGAAGUUGCCCUGGUGCCCAUGCGCUUAAAUAAAAUCGCCCCUCAGGCCCAGAGAGAUCUAUAUCUUUUACUCUCCAGGUUCAUAUUCUUUUACAAUUUAGUUGACAGGCUUGAUAUUCUCUUACAACAAUUUCCUGUGUUUCCAAAUGCAUUUUUGGUUGGUGGUCCGGCAGACAUUUUUGUUAUUGAGCUCACUGAUCAGCUCCAAAAGUUGAAGGUGGAACCGGUACUGCUAUAUUAUCUUUCCCAGAUGAAAGCCCUGCAGGGGUUGGAGCUGAGGAUGACCACAAGUACAAGGCUUAAGGCAUGCUUGUAUAGCUUCACAUCGCCUGGGGGUCCAAUGUAUCCAACAAGAGCUGUUCGCCAUGCUGCUUGGGAUGCAUUGGAUUACCUUUUUCCUGUUGGAAGAUAUCCUCGUCACCUCAUAAGUUUGUUCUUCCGUUUGCUCUAUCCAUGGUACUGGCCCUCCUCUUGUUGGAAUUUUAUGAUGUCUUGUAUCAAGGCCGUCCUAUUCUCCAUAUUUAGGUUAAUCUACACUUGGUUUGAGAAUCUGACAAAACCAAAGGACCCCUGAUUAGAAGUUGAAAUGGGUUUAAACCUCUCUGUA